CCGUACACCGGCGAGCGGCGGAGGCGGCCGCGCCGGGCGGGAAGCGCGGGGCCGGCCGGGGCGCCUGCCGCCGCCUCCGCGCGCCCGGGGGCUCCCGCGCCCCGCGAGCGAGGGCGGCCGGCCCGCGGCUCGCCGUUUGACAGAUGCUCAUCGCCAUGGAGUUACCUCAGCUGCACCUUUGGGGGCUCGGGCGAGCGACAGGAGCCGGGAUCUGAGCGAGCGCGGCGGCCAGCGGAGCCGGAGCCGCCGGGACAUGGUUGCAGAUCUGAUCUCCUGAGCACUUCAUCUUGUCUCCGUCCUUGGGGCUCUGAGCCCAGCAGCUGGACCACUUUGUCCUUGGAAUUUUGGGUGUCCUCUCUGUUCACCUUCCCUCUCCCCCUUCUCCCUUCCGCCUGCUGAGAACUCCUGAAGACUGUAGGAUUGUCAUGGAGUCCAGGGAAAUUUUGAGCAGCUCCCGGCAAAGGGGGGGCGAGUCAGAUUUCCUGCCAGUCCCCUCGGCCAAGCCUGCAACUGCGCCUGGCUGUGCAGAACCUCUGCUGUCUGCGCCAGGGACUGGGAAGGGCAUCCCAGGGGCCGGAGAGCGCAUGGAGCCGGAGGAGGAGGAUGAACUGGGCUCAGGGCGGGAUGUGGAUUCCAACUCCAAUGCGGACAGCGAGAAGUGGGUGGCAGGAGAUGGCCUGGAAGAGCAGGAGUUUUCCAUCAAGGAGGCGAACUUCACGGAGGGGAGUCUGAAGCUGAAGAUUCAGACCACAAAGCGGGCGAAGAAACCCCCAAAGAAUCUGGAGAACUACAUAUGCCCCCCUGAGAUCAAGAUCACCAUCAAGCAGUCUGGGGACCAGAAGGUGUCUCGUGCGGGGAAAAACAGCAAAGCCGCGAAAGAGGAGGACAGAAGCCACUCCAAGAAGAAGCUCCUCACAGCCAGUGACCUUGCAGCCAGCGACCUCAAAGGAUUUCAGCCACAGGCUUACGAGCGGCCACAGAAACACUCAGCUCUCCAUUAUGACCCAAGCCUCCCACAAGACUUCACCGGUGACACCUUAAAACCAAAGCACCAGCAAAAAAGCAUCAGCCAGAACCACAUGGACUGGUCCACCAACUCUGACAGUGGACCUGCCACUCAGAAUUGCUUCAUCAGUCCAGAAUCUGGCCGAGAAACUGCAAGCACCAGCAAGAUCCCAGCUCUUGAGCCCGUGGCUUCCUUUGCAAAGGCCCAGGGUAAGAAAGGCAGUGCAGGGAACACAUGGAGUCAGUUGUCCAACAGCAGCAAAGAUCUGCUCUUGGGAGGUGUGGUUCCAUCCCCAAGCAACCACAGCUCGCCAGCCCCACCCAGCAGCUCUGCCGAGUGCAAUGGGCUUCAGCCCUUGGUGGAUCAAGAUGGGGGAGGAGCAAAGGAGCCCCCAGAGCCACCUACUAUAAGCAGCAAGAAAAAGUCCAGUAAAAAAGAUGUGAUAAGUCAAACUAUACCAAACCCAGACCUGGACUGGGUCAAGAAUGCCCAGAAAGCAUUUGACAAUACAGAAGGGAAAAGGGAAGGCUACUCUGCAGAUCAUGCCCAGGAGGCAUCACCAGCCAGGCAGAAUGGGAGUUCCGUCAGUAAUCCUGAGAAUGACUCGAGUCAUGUCCGGAUUACCAUCCCUAUUAAGGCACCCUGUCUAGACCCAACCAGCCAUAAAAGGAAAAAGAGACAGUCCAUCAAGGCAGUGGUGGAGAAGAUCAUGCCAGAGAAAGCUCUGGCUUCUGGAAUCACUAUGAGCAGUGAAGUAGUUAACAGGAUACUUUCCAACCCUGAGGGAAAUAAGAAAGAUCCCCGUGUCCCUAAAUUGAGUAAAAUUAUAGAGAACGAGUCCCCCUCCAUUGGCCUUGAAACGGGUGGAAAUGUCGAGAAAGUUGCCCCAGGAGUUGUAUCGAAGCAACGGAAGCCAACCAUGGUCAUGACGCCUCCAACAUGCAAAGAUCACUCUCCAUCAAGAAAGCUGCCGGAAAUCCAGCAUCCAAAAUUUGCUGCCAAACGGAGGUGGACAUGCAGCAAACCCAAACCCACCAGUAUGCUUCGGGAGGCAGUCAUGGCCACCUCCGAUAAACUGAUGGUGGAACCGCCAUCUGCUUAUCCCAUCACCCCCUCCAGCCCUCUCUACACGAACACAGACAGUCUUACUGUGAUCACGCCAGUCAAAAAGAAGCGGGGACGACCAAAGAAGCAGCCUUUGCUCACGGUUGAGACAAUUCAUGAGGGGACUUCCACCAGUCCGGUCAGUCCCAUCAGCCGGGAGUUUUCUGGCACCAAGAAAAGAAAGAGACGACGCAGUUUAGCUAAAUUGGCUCAACUAGUGCCAGGAGAGGACAAACCCAUGAGCGAGAUGAAAUUUCAUAAAAAAGUUGGAAAGCUUGGGGUGUUGGAUAAGAAGACCAUCAAAACGAUCAAUAAGAUGAAAACACUCAAGAGGAAAAAUAUCUUGAACCAGAUCUUGUCUUGCUCCAGCAACAUUGCUCUGAAGGCUAAAGCUCCCCCGGAAACCAGCCCUGGGGCAGCAGCAAUUGAAAGCAAACUGGGCAAGCAGAUUAAUGUCAGCAAAAGGGGAACCAUCUACAUUGGCAAGAAGAGGGGGAGGAAGCCAAGAGCAGAGCUGUCACCCCCAUCCGAAGAACCCAAAACAGCCAUCAAGCACCCAAGGCCUGUUUCUAGCCAGCCGGAUGUUCCAGCCGUGCCUUCCAACUUUCAGUCACUUGUGGCGUCUUCACCAGCAACUAUGCACCCACUUUCAACACAGUUAGGUGGGUCAAAUGGCAACCUGAGCCCCGCCAGCACUGAAACCAAUUUUUCAGAGUUAAAAACUAUGCCAAAUCUCCAACCCAUCAGUGCUCUUCCAACCAAAACCCAAAAGGGAAUACACAGUGGAACCUGGAAGCUGUCUCCCCCCAGGCUGAUGGCCAACUCACCUUCACAUCUUUGCGAGAUCGGGUCACUCAAGGAAAUCACACUGUCCCCUGUGAGCGAGUCACACAGUGAGGAGACGAUCCCAAGCGACAGUGGCAUUGGGACAGACAACAAUAGCACGUCUGACCAAGCAGAGAAGAGUUCAGAAUCCCGACGGAGGUACUCUUUUGAUUUCUGCUCCCUGGACAACCCGGAGGCCAUUCCGUCUGACACCAGCACAAAGAACCGGCAUGGCCACCGGCAGAAGCAUCUCAUUGUGGACAACUUUCUGGCCCAUGAAAGCCUCAAGAAGCCAAAGCACAAGAGGAAACGGAAAAGCCUGCAAAACCGUGAUGAUCUCCAGUUUCUGGCAGACCUGGAAGAGCUCAUCACCAAGUUCCAGGUGUUCAGGAUCUCCCACCGGAGUUACACCUUUUACCAUGAGAAUCCGUAUCCCAGCAUUUUUCGGAUAAAUUUUGAUCACUAUUACCCGGUGCCAUAUAUCCAGUAUGACCCGUUGCUCUAUCUUCGUAGGACUUCAGACUUGAAGUCAAAGAAGAAGCGUGGUAGGCCUGCAAAAACCAAUGACACCAUGACAAAGGUGCCUUUUUUACAAGGGUUCAGCUACCCUAUUCCCAGUGGAAGUUACUAUGCACCCUAUGGAAUGCCUUACACAUCAAUGCCUAUGAUGAACCUUGGUUAUUACAGUCAGUACCCAGCUCCUUUAUACCUAUCGCACACGCUCGGAGCAGCUUCCCCAUUCAUGAGGCCAACAGUGCCACCACCUCAGUUCCACACAAGCUCCCACAUGAAGAUGUCCGGUACGGUGAAGCAUAAAGCAAAGCAUGGAGUACACCUGCAGGGACCUGUUGGCAUGGGCCUUGGUGACAUGCAACCAUCCCUGAAUCCUCCCAAGGUCGGCAGCGCCAGUCUGUCCAGUGGUCGGCUCCACAAGAGGAAACACAAACACAAGCAUAAGCACAAGGAAGACCGGAUCCUGGGGACCCACGACAACCUGAGUGGUCUCUUUGCAGGCAAAGCCACAGGCUUCUCUAGCCACAUCCUGAGCGAGCGGCUGAGUAGCGCAGACAAAGAGCUCCCGUUGUUGAGUGAGAAGAACAAGCAUAAGGAGAAGCAGAAGCACCAGCACAGUGAAGUCAGCCACAAAGCUUCGAAGAACAACUUUGAGGUGGACACCCUGUCGACGCUGUCACUUUCUGAUGCCCAGCAUUGGACGCAGGCCAAGGACAAAGGUGACUUGAGCAGUGAGCCUGUGGACUCAUGCACAAAAAGGUACUCAGGCAGUGUUGGGGACAGUGGCAGCACAAGACCAGAGAGCCUGGACGUGUUCAGUGAGAUGAAUCCUUCGAAUGACAAGUGGGACAGCGACAUGAGUGGGAGUAAAAGGAGGAGCUACGAAGGCUUUGGGACGUACAGGGAAAAGGACAUCCAAGCCUUCAAGAUGAACCGCAAGGAGAGAAGUUCUUACGACUCCUCCAUAUCUCCAGGGAUGCCAAGUCCCCACUUAAAAGUGGACCAGACGGCAACGCAUAGUAAGAACGAGGGCUCCGUGUCCACCAUGAUGACCAGGAAGAAGCCAGCUGCGGUUGACAGUGUUGCAAUCCCACCCACCCCAGUGUUAUCUCUCCUCGCUGCGUCUGCAGCAACCUCAGAUGCAGCCAGCUCCUCCCUGAAGAAACGAUUCAAGAGGCGGGAGAUCGAGGCCAUCCAGUGCGAGGUGCGCAAGAUGUGCAGCUACACCAAGAUCCUGUCCACCAAGAAGAACCUGGACCACGUGAACAAGAUCCUGAAGGCCAAGCGGCUGCAGAGACAAUCAAAGACAGGCAACAACUUCGUCAAGAAGCGGAGGGGGCGCCCCCGAAAGCAGCCCAGCCAGUUUGAUGAGGACUCCAGAGACCAAAUGCCGGUGCUGGAAAAAUGCAUCGACCUGCCCAGCAAAAGGGGUCAGAAGCCCAGCCUGAGCCCGCUGGUGCUGGAGCCUGCCGCCAGCCAAGACACCAUCAUGGCCACCAUCGAAGCGGUCAUCCACAUGGCCCGGGAGGCGCCGCCCCUGCCCCCGCCGCCGCCACCUCCCCUCCCUCCCCCGCCCCCGCCCCCGCCGCCGCCCCCACCUCUGCCCAAGACCCCCAGAGGAGGUGGGAAGAGGAAACACAAACCGCAGCCUCCAGCUCAGCCCCCGCAGCAGCCGCCCCCGCAGCAGCCCCUGCCCCAGGAAGAGGAGGUCAAGGCCAAAAGGCAGAGGAAGUCCCGAGGGAGUGAGAGUGAUGUCCUUCCCUAGGGCGGGGCCGGGCAUCUGAACCUGGGGCUGGGGGAAAGGACGCCUGGGAAGGCCCCCGCUGCAGGGACACCCUUGCUCUGCUCUCCAGAAGCUGGGCGGGCAGAAUCGGGCCAGAUGACGGGGUUGCGCCAUCAGGAGCUCUUGGGAAAGCAAAGCAGGGGGGGCGCCUUCAGAAGAAGCUAGUCUGUGCUUUACGGCAGUCCCCACCCCAGCGGCACUUGGCUACGGCUAGAUCCUGGACAGGCCAGCGAGCAGAAGACCCACGGAGGAGGAGAGAGCUGGUGGUGCCCAUGGCCCCCGGACCUCCCAUGUCCAAGGUGUGCCCUUGAUGCCACUGCAUUUGCUGACCAGGAAAACGGAAAGGGAAACACCCUCGAUUAGGGAACAUUCCAAGGGCAGAAAAGCUGCAGAUGUCUCAACUGGCUUUGUUGUAACCCACUUCCAUUUAAUUGUGUUUUUUUUUUAAUUUCUUUGGGUUUUUCAAGCUGGGCUAGGCUUUGGGCACCAACAUGGUCUUCAGGUGGCCGGAAUCUUUCCGUUAACGAUACAGUUUCUCAGAUGGACUCAUGUCAUCAGCAGGUGGGAUUCUAGUGAUAGGCAGCCUUAGACUUGCAUUCGUAUUCUUCUGUGAGCCUCUCUAUCACACAUACGCUGAUAGUGAGCAUCGUCUGUUCCUCCUUUCCCUUUGCCCGUUAGGUACUUCCGUAUGCCUUUUCAUUAACUUACCUGCUGCCUUCUUUUCUUUGGUACACACCCGAAUAACGUAAACCUUAGCUGUGUUGUAAUGUUCACCUUGGCAUGCUGUCCCAGGGAACUCGGCUUUGAAUCCCAAUCCUUGUAUUGCUAGAGCCUUUUUAAUAAGUGAUUUAGAGCACCCGAGGAUCUGUUGACCCAGGCAUCCGCCAGGUUAUUUUUAUACUUAAAACAUAUCAUCAGAGAAUAGGCAGAAUAAGAUGGUUUUGAAUACCCCACAGCAAAUGGAAUAACUCACAAAUCACCAAAAACUGAAACCCCAGGCACCAGAAAGACAAGUGUUUAGCAAUGCCUUGGUAUGUGAUUUUUUUUUUCUUCAUACAAAUAACUAUCAUAGGUCAUGGGAAAAAGGAAACAAAAGGACAAUAGGAGAAGUCCAUUAUCUCUUGAUAAUUAUUUCUUAAAAGCAAAUGGGAGUAAGUGUUCUUAUCUCAAAAAAAGGGAAAGCUCCGAGGGUAUCACCACUCCAAUUGUAUUGAGCCACCUUGGACAAAAGAUCCAAAUUGUGGUUGCCUUAAUAAACUAAAACAUUUUUGUACAUAAUGUAAUUAUAAACCUAUCAGUCUGCAUGGAUGCAAACUGUGUGUGACAAAUCGUCUUUUAAAUGGUCAAUUUCAACUGUACAUUUCUCAUCCAAGUUGUACUCUAGUCAUUGGUUUAGCGUGGACAGACAUUCCAUCUCUUAUUACCCAUUUCCACAGCCCAAGUAAAACAUGUUAAGAAGACUCAGAAUGAGUAUGAAGUCAUCCCAUUGCCGUAGAUGUUUUCUAAAAGUCGGAUGUGGAAAUUUCAAAUGAGUAUUUUCAAUUUCCUCCUCCCUCCCCCCUUUCCCUUCCCCAAGACAUUGAACACCUGGCAUGGUAGAGUAUAAAAAGAGAGACAGAAUUAAGUUUUCUAAUGGGAAUUAGAAUAUCUUGUUUGCCUCUACGUUCAGCUUCUUUACAGGAAAUAGGGCUGGCUGGAAAUUGUAUUAUUAUUGCAGAACACAACAUUAUUUCCUUAGAGAGAGAUGGAUUUUUGUUGGAAACAUAAGAGAAUAAGAGAGAGGGUAUCUGCGGGAGGGAAUUUUAAAAUUCCAAGUUAAUAUGCUGACAAGCAUCACUGCUCUGUCAUGGUACCAACAGUUGUUCGAAAUUACCCAGGGAGCCGUCUGUUCUGCACUGUUGCCAUGGGCUUCCCAUCAUUUGCUGCCCAGUAGGUCAGUCGCAUUUAAUCCCAGCAAUAUGUAAGUUUAAAGGAAUGCAUCCUCCCGGACUUUAAAGCUUGUAUCAUAGAGACUCAGUUUGUGACCCUGCUUGACCUUUGGCAUUUCACACAAGUUGAACAGCAAAAUCAAACCAGCCACUUUCAAUUUGUCAUUCCCAAGCCAUGUCUGAGUGGCUCCAAAGUCACCAGAGAGGAAGUUUUAAAUUAGCCCCACUCACCCCAUCAUUGCUAGGAAAGAGCAACCAUUUUCAUUUCAAUUAAGCCACGAAGAGGGUUCUCUCCUGUUGGACUUUGAGAAUCAUUCCCUUCAUUCUUUCUUUUGCCCUUCUUCUUCGGGUGGUAUACUGUUUCCCCCAACCAAGUCUGGGAGCAGAUUAAACCUUCCUGCAGAAGAGAAUGAGCUGACACACUGAGCUGCUUAAAGAAGGACCCAAAGCUUAAUUGGCAUUAACCUCUAGUCUGAGAAAUUUUAAAUAAGCUUGAAAUUUUCAAGCCAAUGAAAAGUACUCCAGGAGAAAUACAGCAGAGUUGCAACGUAGACAUAAUUCAAUUCUUCAGUUUUCAUGUGAGUUCAAUGCAAAUCCUCUACUUCUACAGCCCUAAGAAUAGACUGGAAAACUGCAGAGGACCCAAACUAAGACCUGCUUGAGGUCCAGUCACCUGCACAGCUGACCCUUCACCACACAUAUUUCUCCCUCAUUGUCACACAUUACUUUUUUUUUUCUUUGCUUUCCAUUAACAUAUCUCAUCUGUACCAACAUUUUCUUACGUUCUAACCACCUCCUUUCCAUUUCCCUCCCUUUCCUGUCCUUGCUCAACACUGGCCCAAUCUGGAUUCAUUUUCUUGUUGGUUUGUUGGUUGGUUGGAGAACCAGAUCUCCUGACCUGGUUCUAGCCUGUGUCUAGCCAGCCAACACUGCCUUCUGUGACCACAUUUUUAUGUAGCAAAGAUGUCCUUUGGAAUGCCUCAGACUCCCUAAACAGCUCCAAAAAGUAUUUCAUAAUAAAGAAAUCACUUAGUGUUCUUGCUUUUCUGGAAAACUUGCCUUCAGCAAUCGGGAGGAGUAAGCCUACUUACAAUGUAGGGAGUCUAACUAGGGCUGAGCAAAGCUCCCUGGAGGUGAUUAUGGGUCUCUGAUCCACCUUUCUGGGUGACUAGGAGCCACUUGGUUUUCAAUCCCUCAUCUCAAAUGAAAGGAACAGAAGUUUAACUUCCUCUAAGGCGUGGCUCUGGCUAAAACCCACAGAAGACAGAUCUAAGGAAAGGAGAGAAUGUCAUGGGCUGGUUUGUGACGUGGCAGGACCCGAACUCAACAGCCACUAACAGGCCAGAAUAGGUGACUAAAAGCUGACAGAGGGUUCCCAUGUUAACUUGGCUGCUGUCUGGAGUGGGGGGGGGCAUCUUCGAUGGCAAUCAGGAUUUGUGUUCUACACAUUGCUGGGUCUAUUAACGUGAUAAGCAAGUGGUGACAAUUAUAGUAUAAGGUGAUGUACGUGCAGAUCAUAAAGGAUUUGGUUUUAGGACUUAAGUAGAAAAUCCCACUCUUAACAAUAUUCAGAUAAGGAGCUUUUGGAGAAUAUUUUUCCCUACCACUAGGAAGAUUUACCUGGGAACUGUGUAAAGUCUACAUAUAUUUCCAAAGCCUUUAAAUGCCAACUGUAGCAUGGAGAGAGAGGGGGUGGCAGAAGCCGAAAUGCCUCAAAAGCCAUUUAAGUGUUACAUUGCAGGAUUUUCAGUCCUCGUUAUGUAAAAGUAGAUAAAUAUAGACAUUACUCUCAACACUACCCCGUAGUAUCACAAUGGUCCAAAUGCCAGAGCUUACAGAUAAUGUCAUCACAGUGCCUAGAAACUCGAACUGUAAUAUAUCGUAGCAUUUUCGUGGUGUUUUUUAAAGUUUCUUUCCACAAUGCAAGGCUCCCCCUGCUUCUUGUUUCUUGGAGAGUUUGCCCCACGGAUGAGUCUGCCUUCCUUGUUGGGCUCAGUCAUUUGGGGAACAGUCUUAGAAGCACAUAUCAACCAAGGAAGAAACUUCCUGGAAAUCUAUCGCCCACUUGCCCAGGUAUAAUAAACACUAAAUGGGGGGAGGGGGGAUUGAAAAAAGCUGCCACUGGUCAACACAAAAGGGCAGUUCCAACCUAGGUUGGCAUCUUUCUUUUUCUUCCUUUUUAAAAAAUAUCUAUUUCUUAAAUAAUAAUAAAUGCACAUGAUGUGUUAAAUAUGUAUAUAUAUAUUUCAAAAGAAAAAAAUGGGGCACAAGAUUGUCUUACAAGUCGUGCUGGCUAAUUUUUAGUUUGUAUUCAUAAGUGGUUUUUAAAAGCCUUUUUUAAAGUGUAAUUUGCAUGUUCUACUUUGAUUGUAUGUAAACAUAUUUUAGAACAAAAAAAUGUAUUUGUAUUUUAUUGAAUAUAGAGGCAAGAAAAAUUGUACAUUGUUUGAAAUGUUCUUUUUGUAACAGUUUUUAUUCAUAAAGCAUUUUUGUACAUUUAAAAUGAACAUGGACUUGCUGUUAUUUGAGGCGUAGAUACAUCUGGCAUGCUUUACUGUCAUGCUCCUCCAUGGUCUUAGAUGUUGGGUUUUAAACAUUUUUUCUAAAAGAAAGCUCAGUCUUUUUUGCUACCAGAUCAGGUUAGCACAGUAUAGAGCACUUAACUAUUAAAAAAAAAGUUAAUCCUAUUCAUAUGUUAUUCAUUGUGUGAAAUUAAAGACAUUCAAUU